CCAAUGAGAUACCUCUAGGGGCGGGGCAUAGAGGAAGUUUCCCGAUGUAGCAACAACACUAUUCCCUGACCUGACUUGUUUGUUGACGAGCAAAGAUGGAGUUCCUAAUGGGAAAUCCGUACAGUACCCCAGUGGGGCAUUGCAUUGAAAGAGCUACUGACGGAUCCCUACCAAAUGAAGACUGGACGCUUAACAUGGAAAUUUGUGACAUUAUCAAUGAAACAGAAGACGGGCCAAAAGAUGCAAUAAGAGCAAUGAAGAAGAGACUGAAUGGCAAUAGAAACUACAGGGAGGUGAUGCUGGCUUUAACGGUGCUGGAGACUUGCGUAAAGAACUGCGGCCACAGGUUUCAUGCGCUGGUCACUGCCAGGGACUUUGUGGACGGUGUGCUUGUUAAAAUCAUCUCUCCUAAAAACAACCCUCCCACCAUCGUUCAGGACAAAGUAUUGGCGCUCAUUCAGGCAUGGGCCGAUGCGUUCAGGAGCAGUCCGGAUCUCACAGGCGUUGUCCAAAUCUACGAGGAGCUCAAGAGAAAAGGCAUCGAGUUCCCCCUGUCGGAGCUGGAGACCCUCUCGCCCAUACAUACACCUCAGCGGACUGCAUCGGCACCAGAGGGAGAAUCGACUCUGCAGUACAGCAGCCCCCCUCAGCCUGCACCGCAUGUUGUUCCGGCAGCCUACACCACCCCUCAAGUUCCAAACGUUCAACCGUCCGGAGCCAUCAACCCAACGUCUGAACAGAUUUGCAGACUGCGCAGUGAAUUGGAUGUCGUUCGCGGAAACACUAAAGUCAUGUCUGAGAUGUUGACUGAGAUGGUCCCGGGACAGGAGGAUGCUUCCGACUACGAGUUGCUACAGGAGCUGAACAGGACCUGCAGAGCCAUGCAGCAGAGGGUAGUGGAGCUCAUCUCUUGCGUCUCCAACGAGGCAGUGACCGAGGAGCUGCUGCACGUAAACGAUGACCUCAAUAACAUCUUCUUGCGCUACGAAAGAUACGAGAGGUUCAGAUCCGGAAGGUCUACGGUUCAGACUGUCAACAAUGGGGUCUUGAGCGAAGCGACAGAGGAUAACCUGAUCGAUCUGGGCCCCGCCUCGCCAGCAGUGGUCAGCAACAUGCCCAAUGCGGCCACGACAAGCUUGCCCCCGAGCGUCACCCCCAGCGCCGGGGGAGCAUCCUCUCCGGCCUCCCUGGCGUCUCGCCUCGCUGGAAUGGAUGUUGCCGCAGACACUGUGAGCAGCACUCUGAGCUCUUUAUCCAGCGGCAAGCCUCCACCUCCCCAGGAUGACUUUGACGUGUUCGCCCAAACCAGGACCGGAUCUCUCCCUGAACCUAAUAAGAUGACUCCGGCAAAGGACAGCCAGGCAGCUGCUGCUGCUGCUGCUGCUGCUCCUCCUACUCUGGAUGUCCAACAACCACCUGCAGCAACGUGUGUCGGAGGUCAGUCCUCUGUCAUGGAUGACAUAGAGGAGUGGCUCAGUACUGAUGUGAAAGGAGAUGAAGGUGAGGAGGGUGUGACAAGUGAAGAGUUUGACAAGUUCCUCGAGGAGCGAGCCAAAGCUGCAGAGAUGGUCCCCACCCUGCCGUCCCCCCCGAGUAGCGACCCCGGCGCAGCGCAGGGAAGCCCCAGCCGCAAGAAGUCUGACAGACCGGAGGACGCUUUGUUUGCCAUGUAGACUUGUCGGCCGCUUACCUGACAGGAUGGCCCGGACCAAAACACGUCCACUAACACUAUUUCGAUCAGCGGCAGUGAUGUAUCCUUAUUCAAAGAGAAUCUGUCUGUCUAAAAGGGAAAAACCUAACAAAACAGUCUAUUUUCAUAGGUUAAAAGAAAAAAAGGGAUUUCAGUCCCUGUAUGCGUAUCUUCAUGCUAGCAUGUGGACAUAAAACCUCCACGCAUGCUUUUUUUUUAGCUUUGGUUCUUAAACCCUGAGAAUUUUGCGUUUCCGCUAGUGCCCCUUCAGUAAGCCGGCAUGAGUUCUGUUGUAAAUGUGUAAAUGACAAAUGAUCCCGUGUGUAUAUUUCAAGCUUCGUAUGUACCAGAGGAAUUUAUUAUGCGGUGGGAUUGUAUCGGGGGGCGAGGAAGGGAAGGGCCAAUGAGCUCAAAGUUCCUGUCUGCUAUGGAUGCGCCCCACAAUGCUGCACAGGGAUAGGGAACCUGUUGACAUUAAAAAAAGAAAAGAAAAAGUUGAUGUAGCUGUACAAAAUGUGUUUUAUUUGGGGUCCAAUCUGCCUUUUUUGUGUGUGUUCGGCUUAGUAUUUGCUGAGGUUAAGUUUUGUGCGGUCACCGUAAUGCUGAAAAAAAAGUUGGACGGCAGUUGUAUUUUAUUCUCCUUUUUCUUUUAGUUGAAAUGACCAAAUGUGUUUUUCAGGAGAACAAGUUCAAAAUACAGCUCGAUAUCAGUCUUUUGUGCUGCUUGCGCAAUAUUUGUGUGCAUUUCCUCUCCGCUGAUGUUUUCAGAAAAGGAGCUGACCUUUCCAGCGCCACUAUUUGUUCGUCAGAAAUGAGCUCGGGCGCAACAAACCAGACCUUUUACGCUCUUGACGGGCGUGAACGUGUUCCGUGAGCUCAGAGCAAGAGUGCGCUUUCGACUGUGGCGUGGCAUUUGAACUUGUACUUUUUGUAAAUCAGCUGUGUGACAAGCAAGCACUUGGAUGUAAUUAAAGAUUCAGGAAGUGUAGAAAUUAUUUAUUUGUAAUCACCCCCCUCCCCCUUUCAGAUGAGUAUUUUAUUUUUGCGCUCAAGGAAAAUAUAUGGGGAAAUGAUCUAUGGAAGGAUUGUUUAUUUUUGUGGCUUUUUAUGGAGUCUUUAUGUUUUAUACAUUGCUGAUGUGUGUGAUGUUAAUAAUUCCGUUGGUGUUCUUGUGGGUUGAAUGUAAACAUGGAAAGAAGCAUCACGUGUCAUGAAGGAUCCAUCUUUUAUUUUAUUUUUUAGGUUGACAUCCUCUCCUCCCACAACUUAACAUCUUUGUAGACUGUCAGACAAGGAGUGUGGCAGAAAAGUUCCAGGACUGAUGUCACAAAAUUUCACGCAAGCUGUUCCUGGCUGAGAACAUCAUCGCCAUAGGUAGCUAUCAAGAUUUUUUUUUUUUUUUUUGGGGCACCAGUCUUGGAACUUUACUGACAUACCUCGUACAUUGCUGCUGUCCCGUAAGCCUUGUGAAUCCGUCCGUCCAUGCCAGUGUGUCAUCUUUGAUGUGUAAAUGGGUCCUAGGACUUCUCCCUCAUCGGAACCAUUGUGUUUCUGUGUGCAUCACUGGACACUUUAUAAGAAGAGAGACGCUAAUGUUUGUGUGUGGAGGUUUGAUUUUCCUCUUUGUGUUUUGAGAUCUGCAUGAACUAAAUAAAACCUUGGAAGUGUGA